AUGAGGCGAAGUGAAGAAGGCGAUCAACCAGAGAUUGUGGAAAUUGAUUUUACUGUUGGCCACCGGUCAAUAGGUCGUGAUGUUGUUACCAGCCAAGGAUACACUCACGAUUGGGUUUGCUAUCUUAAAUCUACAGACGUACAUGGAGAUCUAAAUGCUCUUAUACAACGGUGUAUAUUUCACUUACAUCCAGAAUUUCAAAACAACAAAAGAGAAAUUCGUACAUCUCCGUUUGCAAUUCAAGAAACAGGCUAUGGCGGCUUUUCAAUGCCAAUUGAUAUUUAUUUCAAAACAAAGAAAGAUCCAAAAAAAUUUCGAAUCGAAUAUGAUUUAGAUUUACAUGAUUUAACUAAUGGUGGAUUAAAAAAACGGUCUUAUUUGAGAACAUAUCGUUGCACAUUUACAAAUCCUGAUCCUGAUUUUAAACAAAAAAUUUUGGCUGCAGGAGGAGUAAGUCUGAAAAUUUUAAUUUUGUGACAUUUGACUAAAAAUUAACAUACCACUUAACAAUCAGUAGGAUAUAUUCCAUCGAUUUUCCAUCUCUGGUGAAAAUGUUAAGUACCCACUUCAUUCUAUAACACGCAAGAUUUGGAUGUUCUCGCAUUACAUGAAAUAUUUGCGUCUCGCGUGCGCAUUCAGAACCCGAGAUGAAGCGGUCGGGGUUUUGCCAUCGGAUGCGUUGUAUUCGACGACAUUCUUACAUGUUAAACUAAAAUAGAGAGUCUUUACUUUACAUAUUUCAAUACCACUAAUACUGUGAGUGUAGAGUACUGAAAUAUUUCACUCGAAGAGUUUCUACUCACAUUAUAAGUGGUAUUGAAAUAUGUAAAGUAAAGACCCUCUAUUUUAGUUUAGCAAGUGAGACUGUACAGUCGAAUGCGGUGCAUCCGAUGGCAAAACUCCGACCGCUUGAAGCUAUAAUAUCCUUGAAAUCCAAGUUUCCUACUAAAUAUACCAGAGUGACCCUUCAAAAUGUAAUCGACCUGCCUCUUCAAGUAAGGCUUACGGGGAAAAAUGAUUUAUGCCAUCGUAAUCAGCGCAUUGAGCGAGCUCACAAACUGGUAUAGAUCGCAUUCGAAAAUCAGCGUGGCACUUGGAGACUUUCCCUCGUCAGAGAAGCAAACCUGGAUGAGUUUCUCUUAAUUAUCAUAAAGAAAAGAUUCUACGUGAAUGGCGUGCUUGAUAAAAAAACAAAAAAAAACUGACGAACGACCACAACUUGAUCUGUGCCAAGAAUGAUUCGUUCAUUUGUGCGAAAGAAACAAUGUUGCAUAACUUUCAAUGGAAGUUUUCAGUAUUGAUAUUUUUCUCAAACUAAAAUACUGAAUCCUUGCUGUGUCUCAAGAUAAGUUUUCUGAUUAGAUUUUGAACAUACUGUAUUCGAAAUUCGUUGCUCGUAUCAAUUUAUAAUGAUGUAUUUGUUAUUUCUUAUCUUUUUAAAAUUUUACUGUUUAUACGACAUAACGAUUGAAUUGUGUGAAACAGUGCUGUUUUUUUGUGAAACUCCCUCACUAUCUUUGAAGAAGAGGGAGUAACAGUUUUAUACCCCAAAACCGCUGGGACAAAUACACUUAUUACACCCCCCUCAUAUAUCGACUAUUUCAGUUUAAAUAGCCUCUGCGGAGUUCACUGAGUGCAUUCUUAACAGUCUCUGAUCGAUAGAUCAAGGCAUAUAUGAAUCACG